CGCCCGCUUUCAUGCGCUUUCAUAGCACUACGCAUAAACGAAAGCUAGUGCUCUGCCAAAAAUGAGUUGCCAAGCGUGGUUGUUGCGGCUGAGGUUUGGGCUCGCGCCGUUCGCGCUCUCUUUGAGAGUGCGUGCCGUUCACUUGUCGUCAAAAUUCAAGAGUUGCCGUCGCCCAACUGCCGCUGGUCGAGGAACGGUGUCGGCAGUUGCGCCACGGAUUUUCUUUCUGUGUGGGCUUUCAUUCGUCAAAAUGUCCGAAGUUGAGCGUGCAAAACAAGAGGCAGACCACAUGCAUGAGGCUGCUGACCAUGAGGCAUCGUACAAGAUGCUCUUGCAGCACAAGGACUGCGGUGAUCCAGAGCUAUUGUGGCGCCUUGCACGUGUCACAUUCAAGCGGUGCGAAUCGGCCCCCAAGGCUGAGAAGGAGGCAGGACUGGCCGAAGGCAUAACAUACCUUGACAAAGCUAUUGAGUGUGGAGGUGACAAGCUGGGCCAAGUUCACAAGUGGUACAGUAUUUUAAUAGGUUCCAAGAAGGACCAUCCUUCAACCAAGGAAAGAAUCCAUGAUGGUUUCUUAAUCAAGAAGCAUGUUGAGAAAGCAAUAGAAUUGAUGCCCCAAGACCCUCUGAACUAUUAUGUUCUUGGAAAUUGGUGCUAUGAGGUGGCAGGUACACCAUGGAUCAUCAGGAAGGCAGGGCAGCUUAUAUUUUCAGAAAUCCCAAGCUCCAGUUAUGAAGAGGCACUUAAGCACUUCCAAAAAGCUGAAGAAAUUAGGCCACAUUUUUACAGAAGGAACCUGUUAAUGAUUGCCAAAACUCUCUUGGAACUAAAUCGCAAGGACGAAGCAGUGACUUACCUACAACGAUGUGUUGACAUUCCAACCAAGCCUACACAAGAUGACAAAAAGGUGUCUGAAGAGGCCCAGCAGUCAUUGAGAAAGUUGGGCAUGUCAUAAUUCUGCACUUUCUUGCCUUAACUCGUCACGGCCUGGAAUGUGUUUUGAAGAAACAUGCAGUAUUAAGUUUGGCUAUAGUGUUCCAAGAUUAUGAAAUAAAGACCAAGUAUUGUUUAACAA